AUUCGUAACCCCGUGCAAAAAAAACUGAAAACCCCAAAUCCAACCUCUCUCACUCAAAAACCAUGUCUUGGCUCUUCAAAUCUCGCGGCGAUGACGAUCACGAUCCCGAUCCCGAUCCUUCCACAACUCAUGGCGGUGUCAAAGAAGAUUUAUCUUCCUUACUCCGUGGCGUCGCAGCUUUCCUGGCACCGCCUCCUUCUCCACCUGUAAACGAACGCCGACUCUCCUCUGAUAAUUCACCAACUCAGCUAGGUCUUCUCGGGAUCCGCAACGAUCUAGCCGAGAUUCGUGGAAAUUUCUCCAAUUUCGCAUCUAAUUUACUCCAAUUUCCUAGUAAUCUAAGAGAUAGAGAAAGUAGUAGAAGAUCUCCGUUGAACGAUCAAGUUCCUGGAAUCUCUGAAGAAGUAGUCGAUUUCGCUGUUAAAAUCUCGACGAAACCUGGUUGUUGGACAGAUUUUCCAUUGUCACUCGAUACUGAAUUUGAACUGUCUGAGGCUCAAAGGGCACAUGCAUCAGCCAUUGAAGAUUUGGUUCCUGGCCUUGUAGCUGUGAAGAAUCAAGUUAGUAGUUACAUGGAUGAUGAACACUUCUGGCUGAUUUAUUUUAUUUUGCUGAUGCCGAGACUGAAUGGGCAUGAUUUUGAACUCUUAGCAACAUGCAAGGUAUUUGAAACAAGGGAUCAACUUUUACUAAAGCUGCAAAAGAAAGAGACAGGGUCAAGCAAGAGCACUACUGGUCACGAAACUCCUGAAGAAGGUAGCAGUAGGGAAACAGAAACCGUUGAGGGAGUCAUUGACAAGAUAGAGACUCUAAAAAUUGAGCAAAGGGAGAUAAGUGAUGAGUCAUCUGAAGAACAACGGAGGAGUUUCAGAGAUGAAGAGGUAAUCUCCUUUAGUGAUUUAGAUGUCGAUGAUCUCUCGGAGAAGCCAAGUCCCAACAGGAGUACACUGAAAAGACCAGCAUCAAACGCAAGCGGGUCAAGCUGGGUUCAGCUCAGCAAGAGCCAAGUUGGACAUAGCAAGGAUUCGGAAGGUGAUUCCAGUGACUGGCUUCCAAUUGGCGAUUCUGAUUAACGUUUAAAGCUGGUCAAGGAUAUUGGUGUCAAACAAAAGAUAUUUUUUGUUUGAAAAUGAUGAAUAUUGGCUUCAUCAGUUCUUAAAAUUAUUGUCGUUCAGUCUAAGGUCUUCCACAUCUUGAAGCAGCCUAACAAUGUCCUGCACAACGCUACUUCCCUCUCUCCGCAUUCUAUAUUCAAGUGCAUCAACCGCAAAAUCAAAAACGUUAUCACCUCAAGAAGAAACAGACUCCUUUUUCGCAAGUUAAUAGCGUUGUGGCUGCUAUGAAACUACCGAGUUCUAUGCAGCUCUCGAUUGGCUCUUCGUUUUUUUAUUCUUUUUUGCCAAAGAGUUCAAAUGUUUUAGGUUAUACAACUGUUGUAAAACCUGAUUUUUCAUCAAAAU